GCGAGCGUCCAGCGGGUGAGGGUAUUCACUGCAUAGUGACCGUGUACCAGGCUGGCCACUUGCCGGGAUGCUGCACUGUGCCUUCCUCAGAAGUACCUCAAGGGUGCGGGCCAUCGUCACUGCCUCCCUCACAGCGGCGAGGUCUGACGCCAGACACCGCCACUAUGGGACUCGAGGCCCCAAAGAGAUCAGCACCUUUGAUACUGGAUCAAGGCUGGAGGUGCAACACCCUCGCUGGCCACACAGCCUUCUUUUCUCCUACCCCUGGCUGAGGGAUCACUGUCGCUGUGCUGACUGUUUCAACCACACCACAGCACAGAGGAGAUUUGACCCCACACACAUGCACCUCAACAUCAGGCCAGCCCGUGUCUCGGCAACACCCGAGGGACUGGAGCUGAAGUGGCCUGAUGGUCACACCUCAGCCUAUGAGUACAAGUUCCUGUGGCAGAACACCUAUGAGGGACGCCGCACCGCACACAAGCCUCCUCAGCAACUCUGGACUGCACACACUAUCCCCAAACCUGAGCUGACCAUGGUUUCCUUGGGUGAACUGAGUGAUCCAGAAAAGAAUGGAAUUAAAAAGCUCAUAGCAGCCAUAAUCAAAUAUGGAUUUGCCUUCAUCUCUGAGGUACCAACUACUGAGGAAGCCACCCGCUCAGCAGUGGAGAAGGUCUGUCCCAUCGAACGAAAUUUCUUUGGUGAGAUGUGGACGUUUGGGAACACAGGCAUGGAUCACCUUGACACGGCCUACACCUCGGAGUUCAUCGGCGCUCACACUGACACCACAUAUUUCUCACAGGCUUGCAGUUUCACCAGUGGACAUCCAGGUCUACACAUCCCACCAUGGAUAUCUGCCCAGCCCAGCCAUUAUAUCUGCUGCCAGGCCACACUUGAAUUUCACACCACUGUUAAACAUCACCUCCAAAUGCAUAUGUCUAUAAAACAUUUUCUGCUUAGAAUAAACUGUGCUUUCACCUAUAGCAAUAUCUGUAGAAACUCAUGUUACACCCUGUAUAUAGAUGGUUAUUUUAUAUUACACUUGAUUGUUAGUGGUGCUGGAACCAUGCAGCCAGUGUGCCUACCUUACAGGAAUCAAGCCCUUGAAAAUUUUUCCAGCAGUCCAGAGGUAGAUUAGCAAGCUUGGGGCUGUUCACUAUGCUGUCCACAGGGUUUGUCUCUGAGCAUAAUGAAACACUUGCAUACUGUAUGCUCCUCAGCACUGGAAUGCCUUCUUUACCAUAACUGAGAUUCAGGCCACUCACUGUGAAGUGGAAGCAUCAUCAGGAUAUACACCUGACAGUACCUUGUGGCCAUGCAGUUCACAGCAGCAUUAGUCGUUGUAGAUCUCCACCAGAAACAGCAGGCUCCCUUGGGGCCUUCAGGGAUUACAAGUAAUCCAAUGGUAUCAAACUCUAUACCUCUGAGAUGGGGAUUCAAGCUACCAGUAAGUUUAGCUCUGCAGCACAAAGCAGUGAGUAGUCAGUUAAUCCUAAAAAUUAAUUCAUUGCUUAGAAGUGGCCAGCCAAAAAUCUAGGGUGAUGAGAGAUUACCUCCUGUCACUUGAGGAGCUGCCAUAACUUCAAAAUAAAUUCAGUUCACAGCUAACCUUCUCAUCCUCAGGAAGUGAAAAACAGAAUGUAUACAUGCACAUGGCACUUUUGUGUAAUACUGCUGAGAAUUGUAGCAAGGGAGACAUGCAAGGGUAUUGACACCAUGGUGUUCCCUCAGUUUAUUAGUAAUCCAUUCCAUGGGACUGAUAGUACUGUGUGUGUAAAGUGUUGGGCUUCUUUCAUCUUCAUUCAGGUGUCAGGCAAGGGUGUAUCCCUGUGCCACCUUUUUUUCAUUAUCUGCAAGGAUAAUUAGAAUAUUGGGCCAAAACCAGUGUGGAGCAUCUACUAACACUAUCAUGAUCAUUUGGCUUCUGUUGAUGCUGAGGAAGUAAGAUCAUGAGGCUUUAUGGCCUCAUGGGCUAAGACUGAGAAGUGCAGGAAUUCAGGAGCUUUUCAGAGAAGGUUAUACAUUUUGGGCUUUAUUUUUGUUUGUUUGUAUUUUCUUUAUACCAGCAUUCUUAUAAAGUCAUAUUCCUGAGGCAUAUUUAAAUAUGACAUACAUGAACUGUUGGGAGUAUGUGGGUAUGUAUAAUGUUUCUUAGUAUUGCUCAAAGUUCUUGUAGUGCCUCCCCUUUUGUUUUACAUAUAUAAUGUAAUAGUUGUGAGUUCUGUGCUUGAGACGGUCACCUGACCCUAUCUUCUGAAGCAUUGUGGGCAGAUCUGUAUAUUGAUGCACAUGUCAGAUGCUUGGUGGAUUCAAGUUAGUCUUGAGUGAGAAGAGUUACUGAUCAUUUUACUGUUGAUGGUUAAUGUCCUGUGUGAAUCAUUGUUCCACCACAACACUGUACCAUGACACUGUGUUUCAUGGAGCAAAUGCUUGUUAUGGUGUAACAUUUUAUAGCAUUUGCAUGAGUGUACUGGCAUAUUAUAUUCCUAAUUUAGGAUUACGAUAAUAAGGUUGAGCAGUGAAGAUCUAAAAGCAAUUAUUAGUUUUAGGAACAGGCUCUCACAUGUAAGAGGUCUACAAUUAGCAUCUUCUAGUAUAGUGUUCUAAUAGAACCCAUUAUAAAUAUUAUUUUAAUGUUUUUUUUUGGAAAUACCAGCAAGGUAUUUUUACAAAUAUCCAUCAAACCAGACAGUCUUUUCAUAGACGUCCAACUCUUCAGGAAGUAAAUAGUUCAUGCAGGGAAGCCACAGAACACCUGACUUCUGAUCUCUGAAAUUUCUCAUUGGGGCAGAGCAAACUUGGUAUUGUUCAGUGCCUCAAAAACUCAAUUCCUCCAUCUAUCAACUCGACACAGCCUUCCAGACAACUAUCCCCUCUUCUUCAAUGACAUUCAACUGUCCCCCUCUUCUACACUGGACAUCCUUGGUCUGUCCUUUUCUUAUAAUCUAAACUGGAAACUUCACAUCUCAUCUCAAGCUAAAAUGGCAUCUGUGAAGUUAGGUGGUCUGAGACAUCUCCGCCAGUUUUUUUCACCCCGCCAGCUGCUAACUUUGUACAUGGGCCAUAUCCAUCCAUGUAUGGAGUAUGCUUCAAAAGGUUGGGGGGGGUUCCACUCUUCUAGACAGGGUGGAAUCAAAAGCUUUUCGUCUCAUCUAUUCCUCUCCUCUAAUCGACUGUCUUCAUUCACUUUCUCAUCACCACAAUGUUGCAUCUCUAGCUAUCUUCUACUGCUAUUUUCAUGCUAACUGCUCUUCUGAUCUUGCUAACUGCUUGCCUCUUCUCCUCCCAUGGCCUUGCUGCACAAGACAUUGUACUUUCUUUCACCCCUAUUCUGUCCACCUCUCUAAUGCCAGAGUUAACCAGUAUUCUUAAUCAUUCAUCCCUUUCUCUGGUAAACUCUAGAAUUCCCUGCCUGCUUCUGUAUUUCCACCUUCCUAUGACUUGAACUUCUUCAAAAGGGAUGUUUCAAGACACUUAUCCUUCAAUUUUUAACUACUGCUUCAGACCCUAUUCAGGGACUGGCAUCUCGGUGGGCCUUUUUUAUUGAAUUUUUGUUGCUUUUGGCCAGUGUCCCUUCUACAUAAAAAAAUAAAUAAAUAAAUGAAUAAAUAAAUAAAUGAGUAAAUAAAUAAAUCACUUAGAAGGUCCAUUGUUUUUAUU